AUGUCUGCUGGGUCACAAAUUCAGAUGGCACCCCAAACAACCGUAAACUCUGGUCAGACAGUUCAUAGUCAAGACUCGAACAUGAGCACUGGCUCAUCACAUAGUGAUAAGGAGGUGGAUGCAAACACUCCGGAAAAAGUACCACGGACUACUUCUGAGAGAAAAAGAAAGCGUAAAGCUGAUGACGGAAGUGGAGGUGUCGCAGGUGGCUCUGUAGCUAGUAAAGGCGCUAGAUCGGUUACUGCUCUUGAUAAUAAGAAGAUCAACGAGUAUUUUCCAAAGCAUCAUUUGGGCAAUAGUCCUAUCCGGCAUGGUGGAGCCAAGAGCCCCUCCCCUCAACAGGGUUAUCCUAUGUAUCCACCAUCACCUCAACAGUUACUCUCGCCACAAGUAACGACACCUAAUUCUUCGGUGGCGGAAUUCUCCUCGCUGAUGCAGCCACCGAGACCUCAUCCUCAACCUCCACCACCUCCACCGCCAGCUUCGUCGCAACCUGCGGGCUCAAUGGUCAGCAAGCAGGUGCAGGUAAGGCCUACGAACCUCAAUAGGACAAGCCAGGUCAGGCAAGCGAAGACUAACACCCCAAAUACAGAACUUACUUGCCAGAGGAUACAGGAAUUUGAAACUCAAGCCUCUUCAGACUUAGAACUACGUAACAAUAAAAUUGACGAGUUAAAUAGGACAGCGGACGAACUUAGGCAUCAAUUGGCUAAUCAACAGAAAGUGAUUGAGCAGCACAAAUCACAAAUAAAUAAGUGUAUAGACGUUGUAAAGAAGUUAUUAAAAGAAAAAUCAAACAUAGAAAAAAAGGAGGCUAGGCAGAAGUGUAUGCAAAAUAGACUGAGGUUGGGCCAGUUUGUGACGCAGAGGGUAGGUGCGACGUUUCAAGAAAACUGGACUGACGGUUACGCAUUUCACGAGCUUGCACGACGGCAAGAGGAGAUAGCGACGGAGCGGGAGGAGAUCGACAAGCAGAAGAAGCUGCUGCUCAAGAAGAGGCCGUCAAACAGCGAGACCGGCAGGAAACGUAGUCAACCGCAGCCCUCCUUGCAUAACGGCACCGAGGCAACAUUUUUGAAGCCAGAUGCAGUACCUGGGUCGUAUACGUGGCAGGAGUAUUAUGAAGCCGACGAAAUACUCAAGUUGAGGCAAAGCGCGUUGAAAAAGGAAGACGCGGAUUUACAACUAGAAAUGGAAAAACUUGAGAGGGAACGGAAUUUACACAUUAGGGAGUUAAAACGUAUUCACAAUGAAGACCAAUCGAGAUUUAACUCUCACCCUGUUCUGAAUGAGCGUUACCUCUUACUAAUGUUAUUAGGAAAAGGCGGUUUUAGCGAAGUGCAUAAGGCAUUUGACUUAAAAGAGCAACGGUACGUGGCAUGUAAGGUGCAUCAAUUAAAUAAAGACUGGAAAGAAGACAAGAAGGCUAAUUAUAUAAAGCAUGCAUUACGGGAAUAUAAUAUACACAAAGCACUAGAUCAUCCCCGAGUCGUAAAAUUGUACGAUGUAUUUGAAAUUGAUGCUAAUUCCUUUUGUACUGUUCUGGAAUAUUGUGAUGGCCAUGAUUUAGAUUUUUACCUCAAACAGCAUAAGACUAUACCCGAAAGAGAAGCGAGAUCUAUUGUUAUGCAAGUCGUAUCGGCAUUAAAGUACCUCAAUGAAAUAAAACCCCCAGUCAUACAUUACGAUCUGAAACCAGGUAACAUCCUAUUAACUGAAGGCAACGUGUGCGGCGAAAUAAAAAUUACGGAUUUCGGUUUAAGUAAAGUCAUGGAUGAGGAAAAUUAUAAUCCAGAUCACGGAAUGGAUCUAACGUCUCAAGGAGCUGGUACCUAUUGGUAUUUACCUCCUGAAUGUUUCGUCAUUGGCAAAAAUCCUCCUAAAAUAUCGUCUAAGGUUGACGUAUGGAGCGUCGGAGUUAUAUUUUAUCAAUGUCUAUACGGUAAAAAGCCUUUUGGUCACAAUCAAUCGCAAGCCACCAUUUUAGAGGAGAAUACGAUACUAAAAGCCACCGAAGUCCAAUUCGCGAAUAAACCAACCGUUAGCAACGAAGCGAAGAGUUUCAUAAGAAGUUGCCUAGCGUAUAGGAAGGAGGAGCGUAUAGACGUACUGACUCUAGCUAGACACGAAUACCUGCAACCCCCAGUGCCAAAACAUGGCCGCCAAGCGAACAGCCAGCAGCAGCAACAGCAACAACAGAUCCAGCAGCAGCAGCAGAGCUCGUUCAAUAUCGGCAUGUUUAGUGGUAUGAACGCGUCGAGCAGUUCGUAGUGGAGAGGAAGGACUAAAGACAAAUUCCUCGAUAUGUACCAAUACAUGCCAAAUCUUGAGCGCUCGGACUGUGUACACCAUCUCAUCUUAGGGAAAUAACGAAUGCUAUAACCAAUUGUAAAUACUAAAACCGGAUACUAUCAUCGUCACCACCCAUCACCACUACCACCACCACCACCACCACUCAUCACUACCACCACCACAAUUAUUACAUCUCCACCGCCAUCACCACACCAUCACAACUAUACUUACAGGAUCGAUUACAUAGGACAUUGCAAGAGAGAUGCGAGACUGGUGACCCGCAAGUCCAGGAACUUGCGUCUUUCUACAAGCCACGCCACAUUAUUCAGCAUGACAAGAAACAAUGUUGUGUUCGUAAAUAUUCAAUUGUAUUAUCGUUCCUUGUAUCAAACAGUGCGAUGACUUGAUAAUAGUGUUUAAAAGAAACGAGAGAGCGAGAGAGAACGAACGAGCGUGCGAACGAGAAAAUAACAUGUGAUAAGUCAUUACGAGAUAAAAGUGACGUCUAGAAUAAGAGGGGAGGGGGGAAAUAGAAUAUGUGUGUGAGAGAAAGAGAGAGAGCGCGCGAGAGCGACAAAUAAACGAAUAAAAAUUAAAAAAUUUUCGGUGAAAGCUAAGUAAAGUUGACAAGAAAUAAAGAAAGCAACGAAGAAUAGGAGAAAAAA